UCCUCAGCAGGGGAGGAUGAACACCGCGGAUGGCGGCCCCGCAGAGCGUCACCUCGCGCCGUCUGGCUGGGCUGGACCAGAAGGACGCGCGGCUGCCUCCUUCCCUGGCUAGCAGCCACAGCGGGCAGAUCUCCUUCGCUAAUUCCCCAUCGCCAGCCAGAGAAGCCAAUUCCACCAUUCCCUCCAUGUUCAUGACGGCGGUCGCGCAGAUUCAAGCGCGAGCGCAGACGCUCUUGCGAGCCGCUAUAGCCAGCGAGCGAGCUAAACUCUGGCCUAAGGCAAUAGAGCAUUAUAGAAGACUGCUAAACUGCAUGAGUCAAAGGAAUUUUCCUAUACAAUAUGUUCCUGGUCCUACCUGUAAAUUGUUGGUGUUUGAAACAUAUUAUCAUAUAGGUGUAGCUUUCCAAAAUAUGCAUAACCAUCAAGAAGCUUUGGAAGAGUUUUCUUUUGCAUUAGAAACUGCACAUAUUCCCAAGAACGUCUGUCAAGUUGGUUGUGCUUCUGGGUCUUUCUAUCAGAUACCUGUUUUAGCAAGGAGAGCUUAUUCAUAUGUGAAAUGUGGCAAGAUUAAAGAAGCUAUACGUGAUUCCACAAGAGCUGUUAAUUUAGAUUCUUCAAAUCCUUUUUAGGCCUGCCUCACAGAAACAUUGGAGUACUGCAUGGAGACGUUCCGCCAGGACUGCCGCUGAUUCCCCCGCAAUCAGGAUGUCAUCAAAAUAUGGGCAGAUGCAACUUCCGGUUCCGGUUUGCGGUCUCACUAGUUGCACGGGGAGAUUUCUCUCCUCGUCAGCUAGGUUUCCCUCUGUCAGUGGACCCUUAUACGGGUCCAAAGUCACCCUGGAGGAUGUGACUUCCAUCAAGGAGGUUGCUGUCCAGCUGCGGAGGAGUGGCAGCUCCUCCAGCUGUCUAGACGAAUCUCCGAGGGCCGACGGAGAAGAAGAUCGGCCAGUAAAAUGGCCGAUCGCCCUGCCACUUCAGACCAUAAGUCAGACAACAUCUAAGCGUUGAGUGCCCCCGUGGUGAAUCCGGGUGAGAAUUUUUUUCUUCUUUUUCUCUCUUUUUUUACCUUUUUUGUUUGGGUAUCUGUAAGAGCCUUUGGAAUUAUUUCCCUGGCUUGGAAAGACGACUUCUGCUUUUUUUGGGGAAGAAAGGCAUUCUAUAAAUACUGAAAGACUAUUUACUUCUAUUUGGAUACUAAAAAGGAAAAAGGAUGGAAAAGGUUUUCUCUCUCCUCUCUUUUUAAGAACUGUUUUAUUUCUAUAUAUAUGUAUAUAUGUAUAUAUUGGAAAAUUUG